AUCUACAGCUUCUUGAAUUGCUCGCACGCCAAAUUUCCAUAACGAGCUCCCACGAAUCGAUCAGCAUCUCUUAUACACCACCAUCGCAAAAUGAGCCACUCACUUCCUGCGAAAGAUCUCACAAUAGACAACAUCACAGAGAACGUGCACGCAAUAAAUUCAAGUUGCGAUGAUCCACGCUUGCGCUUUCUCCUCGAGAGACUUGUCACGCACCUCCACGACUUUGCUAGGGAGACGCGACUAAGCACGCCUGAGUGGGAGAAGGCGAUCAAAUUCCUCACCGACGUGGGACAAAUCUGCACCGACGUGCGACAGGAGUUUAUUCUCCUGUCCGAUGUUCUGGGCCUCUCGCUUCUUGUUGAUUCGAUUGACCAUCCCAAGCCCGAAGCUUCAACAGAAGGCACUGUGCUUGGACCGUUUCACACACACGAGGCUGAACACGCACCCAAUGGCGCACUCAUAUCCCAUGAUCCAGAUGGCGAACCCAUGUUGGUAGUGUGUUCUGUCAAGGACACGCAGGGCAACCCAGUUGUCGGGGUCAAUAUUGACGUCUGGGAGACAGAUUCCAAAGGCUUCUACGAUGUCCAACACGCCGACCGCGCGGGUCCAGACGGUCGUGCCGUUGUAAAGAGCGACGAAGAUGGCAUGUUCUUCUUUCAGGCCAUCGUCCCAGUUCCGUAUCCAAUCCCAAACGAUGGGCCCGUCGGGCAGCUAUUGGGGGUGCUGAAUCGCCACCCGUACCGUCCAAGCCACUUUCACUUUAUGUUUGACAAGCCUGGAUAUGAUAAACUCAUAACGGCGCUCUAUCUUCGCGGUGACCCAUACGAGAGAUCAGAUGCUGUUUUCGGAGUCAAGGAAUCCCUUGUCAUCGACCUGGGGACCGUCUCGGAUGUUGAAGGCUUGGCUGAGAAGCACGGCGUUUCCCCUAGCACGAAAUUGCUGCAAUAUGAUUUUGUGUUGGUCGGGGAAGACGAAGUACGAAAACUCCGCGACGAGAAGGCACGGGAGGCAAUUGAGAAGCAGGGUGCUACGGGUAUUCGAGUAGUAAACGGGACUCUCAUCCCGGAGAGUUAUUGUCAAUAA